CUCUCUCUCUCUCUCUCUCUCUCUCUCUCUCUCUCUCUCUCUCUGUUCGUGUUCCGUCUCGGCGAUCGAUGGACCAUUGCUAUCGACGUAUAGGCGUAAAGAACUUGCCGAGCUUCACUUUCCAUCGAUCGGCGGUCAGCCUCCUCGAGCGCAGAUCGUUUCAUCGUCUGGUUGCCGGAUUUCGACCGCCGAGGCGCUCUCCGAGUUUGGCUUUGCGGGGUCGGAAUGCGAGAUAUGCUAGUGGAGCGCGGGCUCCGGUAGCGAGCGCCAGAGGAAGCGAGCGGGAAGCCGGCGGUGUGGCUGCUCCCUUGGAGAUGCGGUCACCGGCGGGGAUGUUCUUGAGUGGUGUCCUGAGAAACCAGCCUCACAUUUUUGGCGCAGUUGCUGCUGAGCAGCUCCAACAGUUGUCGGAAGAUAGAGAUGGAGCUCUCGCUCGCAAGAUGAAUAAUGUGGGCACGGAUGAAUGGUGCCUUCACAGUAGAAUAGCUGAACUCAGAGAAAAAGAAUGCAAAACGGCCGUGGAGGAGGUCAUGUACAUGUUAGUUGUCCACAAAUUUAUGGAGAUCAAUGUUCCAUUGGUUCCAAAGCUGAUUAGAUGCAUCAGAAACGGAAAACUCUGUACAUGGCCAUCAAAGGAUAGAGAGCUGGAGUCAGUUCAUGGAUGUGAGAUUCUGGAAAUGAUUGAAGAACACUUCUGUAGGGUCCUUGGCCAGAGAGGUAAAUCUACUGUCACUGAUAACUGGACUGCAGCUCGGGUUUGCAGACUUCACCUUGGACGAGUCUAUGCUGCAUCAGUUCUGUAUGGAUAUUUUCUCAAGUCUGCCAGCCAAAGGCAUUGCCUUGAACUUAAUCUGAUCCAUUUGGACGUCGGACUUCCAGUCACUUGUUCUGUCCGGCUGCCAUCUCCUGGUUCUUGGUCUGAAACACUAGACGAUGUCAGUUUAGCCACUUCUGUGUCUGAAAGGCUUGGGAGUCACUGCACAUGUGCUUCUCCUCAAUAUCAGUACACAGGGAGCGUUUACAGAGACACUCUUAAAAAGUAUAUUAUGUCAUUUGAUAUAGAAUCGUUUCAGAGAUGUGCAAGCCUUAGGUCCAAAGAAGCAGUAAACCUUGUGGAGAAACAUUGCUGGGCACUCUUUGGGAGAUCUGAUGAGAAUGGUGCUAAUGUACUGGAGGAUGAGAGACUCACGGUGACAUUUUCUAGUUUGAAGAGGUUACUGCUGGAGGCUAUUGCUAUUGGCUCUUUUCUGUGGGACAUAGAAAACUAUGUCGGUACUGUUUAUAGAUUAGGGGAGAACUGAGAAUCAUCUCUCUCUCUCUCUCUCUCGAUAGAUGGGAUCAAUACAGAUUUCAUGCAGUUCUUGGCUGAGAACUCUUGGAUGAAUUUCGUGUACCAAAAUGUACAGUGUAUAUUAUUAGAUGUGAAUAGCAAUUUCUGUUAGCUA